CGUGUGGGCGCGAUUAUGCCAAAGCGACCACGCGGGCGAGGGGCGCGCGGGCAGAGCAGCCUUUCGAACCGCGGCGCAGCUUCAUCAUCUUCCUCCGUCCAGGAGCCAGCCGUCCUCCACUCCACCAUCUUCUUACUUUGCAGCCAAGGCUUAGCGGCGUGCAUGCUGGCUUCUCCUUGGAGCAAAGCAAGGCAUCCCAGGCGCGCACCCACCAGCGUUACACUAGAGCAAAAGCACGGCCGGCAAUCCCACCCAAAGUUCACCAAGGAUUGGACGAAAGAAUUACGUAGCCAGCUCUCCGCGCAAUGGCCGGCUCGGCAGCCCAAGCUCCCACGCAAGCCGGCCGCCUUACGAGGCCAAUUCCCACGGCGCUCGUGCCUGCGGCCGUGGUGCUCGCCGUCGUCGUGGCCGUCCUGUCCCUGCUGCCCUCCGUGGCCCAGGCGGUGUGGGAGCUGCCCCACCUCUUCCUCCUCGGCCUCGUCAUCUCCUACGGCGUCUUCGCGCAGCACAAGAACGGCGCUGCCGCGGCCGACGGCGGCGAUGCCGCCACCAAGGACGGCGCCCGGGCGUGGAACUCUCGGUACCACCCCGACGACCCGCUCGUCGUGGUCGCGCCCGACCACGCGGCGGGCGAUGACGGGGACGGCGGCGCGGGCGGGAGGCCGUUCUCCUUGCCGGUGCGGAGGCUCAAGACGGUCGUGGAAGAGUCGACCGAAGCCGGUGGCGCCAGCGGAGAGAGCGUCGGCGAAGAGACGGACAGCUCCGAGUCCACGGCAGGAUUCUGGGCCGGCGCGCCCGCCGCUCCAUCGCCGCCCUCUGUUCUUGACGCCUUUGACUCGCGGAAGUUCAAUGCCGCGACGCCGCCGUCAGACGUGUCCAAGGGGUUCCCCGGUUACGAUUCCGCGUCGCCUCGUGACCAGUCGUCGUGUAACGAGGAGGAGGAGGAGGAGGAGGAGGAGGAGGAGGAGGAGGAGGGCACCGAUUGGGAAGAGGAUGCGGAUGGGUCGGAUGAGAUGAACGCCGCGUCGUCGGAAAGGUCGUUCCCCGGCGACUUCGUUGCCUGCCGCAACCGUCGCUACGACGGCAGCGGGGAUGGCGAGUCUAUGGACGAGGAACUUGUCGAGCUGGCCACCAGGCCGGGACCGGAGGGGGCGGACGAGGUGGACAGGAAGGCCGACGAGUUCAUCGCCAAAUUCAGGGAGCAGAUCAGGCGGCAGAGGUUGUAGGCUCGUAGCCGGCCAAGCGACGUAGACAUGCAUUGCAUUGCAUUGCAUGCAUCCCACGCACACGCACGACAUAGUGCCACUGCGAAUGGAGGAGAGCAUGACGUACUUGCAAUUUGUGGACUUCUGUGUUUUUUUCUUCUUCUUCAUCUGUGACAUGAUGAGCCUUCCCUGUAUCAUUUUCUUCUCUCGUUUGGAGCUUUAAACUGUUGCCGUUAUUACAGCCUGGAAAGAUGCAAAUGAAUGGAAACUGUUCAUUCAUUGCAAUUC